AUGGAAGAGAUAAUGCCACAAAAUAGCCCGAGCGCCGCGAAGCACGCUAAUGAUGCAACCGGGACUCGCAAAGAUGAGAAAGACUUAUCAUUUGCCGCAAUAUGCAUCCUGCUAGAAGUGGGUGCGCUACCGAGUCGCAGGAGUGGAUUCACUUGCAACGAUCCUGCCCUCUCUUUCCCGUACACUGGAGACACGUUCUCCAUCUCACUCGUCGCCGCUAUAACCGUUAUUGUGCCUUUUUUAAUCAUGUGGGCAGUAGAAGCUAUUCACUAUCGGGACGAUGAAUACAAUCUUAAGGCAAAUAAACUUGCGACCACGGCUAAAGCAGCCGGGUUGAUAUACCGCGACUACAUCUAUGGAGCAGUGGUGACCCUCACCAUUCUUGAGGUGGUGAAGUGCGUCAUCGGGUCUCCGAGACCCACGUUCUUUGAUCUCUGCGAGCCUGAUAAAGCCAAGACUUGUAAUGGGUCAGAGUACGUGAGCUCCUACACCUGCACCUCCACUAGAUACUCCAGCUACCUGAAGAUAGACUCUUCUAGAAGUUUCCCCUCGGCACACGCAGCCUUGUCGUCAUACUGCGGGCUGUUCUUAGCUUGGUACCUCCAAAGGCGGGCCUUCAGUUGGCGCAACCGAUCCGUUCUCAUCGUGCCCCUGGUCCAGACCUUCUGCCUGGUCUACGCCGCUGUCUGCACCCUGAGCAGACUCACAGACCACCGCCAUCAUUGGUGGGAUGUACUGGUGGGGGGGGCCAUGGGGGUCUUCGCUGUUUUGUAUACGGUUCUAGUUCUUUGCAAGAACUUCUCGCAACCAGCCGUGGUCAGCACCAGUGAUAUUUCCAGCAGCGAUGGCAAUAACCACCAAUCUGUCCGGAGACUCUUGUCCAGCAAACCUCACGUGGAGAUGCCCUAGCCUCAAGCAGUGUAAGCCUUGCGCUUACUCGGAAUUAAAAAACAAAAUGUCAGUUGAAGACCCGCGCCGUUCGAAAUUUAAAAAGGGCGGGAUUAUGAACAUUUUUUUUAUAGAAUCGAUGACAU